ACUUCUAUAAACCCUAUAAAUAUAAACCCUAGCUACAUCAAACACUUUAUCUUGUAACCUUACUAUAUACUUUCUUUACAGUUUCUUGUAAGUUAUGAAGGUGACUAACGAACAAUCCUCAAGUGUGGUCAUGGAUCGAACCACCGGAGUCGCAACCGCAGCAACGAUGGCGACAAAGAUGGAGACGGUUUACGAGCGGGUGCACCACCUGGCGAACGGUAACGCGGUGGUGGUGUUCUCCGUUAGUGGUUGUUGUAUGGGCCACGUGGCCAAGCAGCUUCUUGUCGGCUUGGGUGUGGGCCCCACGGUGGUCGAAUUGGACAGAGAGGCGGCGGGAAUGGAGAUUCAUGCUUUACUUUACCGUCUCGCGGCGGGGAAAGAGCAGCAGCAGCCUAUCCCCGCCAUCUUUAUUGGUGGCAAGUUUCUCGGUGGGAUUGAGACGCUUAUUGCGUGUCAUAUCAACGGCACCCUCGUCCCUCUUCUCAAGGACGCGGGUGCUCUUUGGCUCUAGUUGACCUAUUAUUAUUAGUAAUAGUAAUGUUAUUAUCAUCAAUAACAUAGAAUAUUUAGCUAAUGAUAGUAUGUUGGCAUUAAAGGUGUAAUUUCUUUGUUUUUAAUCGUGUUAUUAACGUAGAUUUCGAUUACAAGUUUAA